AUGUCUCCCGGAUCUUUUGAUGGCACUUGUGAAUCAUAUAAAUACUCACUGUUCUCAAAGCAAUUAGAGGAUACCAUGGAGAAGUUUGCUCUAGGUGAAAUAAAAAUCCUUAUCUGCACAAAUAUAGUAGAAAGUGGGCUUGAUAUUCAAAAUGCAAAUACCAUUAUCAUUCAGGAUGUUCAGCAAUUUGGCCUUGCACAGUUAUACCAGUUGCGUGGAAGAGUUGGGCGAGCAGAUAAGGAAGCACAUGCGUACUUAUUUUACCCUGACAAAGGCCUGCUUUCUGAUCAAGCAUUGGAAAGGCUUGCUGCUAUUGAAGAAUGUCGUGAACUUGGUCAAGGCUUCCAACUAGCUGAGAAAGACAUGGGUAUAAGAGGUUUUGGUGCAAUUUUUGGUGAACAACAGUCAGGAGAUGUUGGAAAUGUUGGUAUUGAUCUGUUUUUUGAGAUGCUCUUUGAGAGCUUGUCGAAGGUUGAAGAUCACUGUGUUGUUUCAGUUCCUUAUCACUCGGUGCAGGUUGACAUAGACCUAAAUCCUCAUCUCCCGUCUGACUACAUUAAUUAUCUGGAGAACCCGAUGAAAAUAGUAAGUGAUGCUGAGAGAGUUGCUGAGAAAGACAUCUGGAGUCUGAUGCAAUUUACAGAGAAUUUGCGGCGCCAAUAUGGCAAAGAGCCUCGUUCCAUGGAGAUUUUACUAAAGAAGCUUUACUUGAGGAGAAUGUCGGCUGAUUUAGGGAUAACCAGAAUUUACUCUUCAGGGAAGAUGAUCUUUAUGAAAACAAACAUGAGUAAAAAGGUAUUCAAGCUGAUGAUAGAGUCCAUGGCAUCAGAUGUGCAUAAAAAUUCAUUGAUUCUUGAGGGAGACCAAAUUAAGGUAUUGCAUGUAAUUUCUUUUUGUCUGAAUUCUUUAAUUUGGUGA